GACAGUGGAGGAUCCAUCGUCGACCCAAACCCAGACACUCUCUCCUGGAUGAGCGCAGACUGCAUUAUGCUGCUUGGGAGGGAUGUCUGGACCAAGUCAAGACCAUGCUGGAAUGUGGCGUGCCUGCUAACUGCCAGGACCCGUAUGGUUGGACAGCUGUCCACCACGCCUCUUUUAAGGGUCAUCUCAUGCUGAUCAAGUUCCUGUUGCAAACCGGCCAGGUGGAGGUAAAUAGCCAGGACUUCUUCAACUGCACUCCCCUGCAUCGCUCCUGCAGUGGAGGAAACCCAGAGACCACAGACUUUCUCCUCCAGAAGGGGGCGUCACAUUCAGCGAGGUCCUGCUCCGGCCAGACGCCCCUUCACCUGGCUGCAGCCAGCGGACACCUGGGCACAGCUCGGGUUCUGCUGCAGCACUUGGCCUCACCGAACCCCCAGGACUUUCAUAAGUGGACACCCCUGCACUGGGCAAUUUUUGGAGGCUGGGGGGAUGUGGCGGAGCUCCUGCUAGAUAAUGGGGCAGACGUAGAGGGAGGAGAAGGUGUGGGCACGAGCCCCCUACAGCUGGCGGUGUUGGUGGGGAAUGAGGUGGGGGUGAGGCUACUGCUCCACCGAGGUGCAGAUGCCAAUAUGAGGGGUCCUAACGGGCACACAGCCAUGCACCUCUGUGCCUGCUCUGGAGACAAGAAGGUUUCAGUUCCUGUCAUCAGCGUCACUGGGCGUCAACUUCCCGUCAGAAUCCAGUCACUGGUUAACAGUAGGCCUAAACCGGCCUAA